UUUACUAGCCGAUUGUUUACUAACAGUUUGUGUAUUAAAACGUGCAUCAAUACGUAAAUCUAAUUUAUAACCUAUGGUACUAGUAAGGUGACUAUUCCUUAAAGGCUACAAAGUGAUACCUUAGUGAGAACGAGAGAAUAGGAUUCGUGGAACAACUAACCGGUAUAGCUGCGGCCACUGCCUUGCGCAAGCGCACCCGAUCAGUUCCAACUGCAGUCACUCAGUAGUGCACCGGAGAUGGAACGGACGUGUCUGCUUGUUUGUGUGCUCGCCUGCGCGGCCGGGGUUUUGGGCCAAGUAGCCACCCUGUGUCGUCCCAACGAGCGGUUCCUUUCUUGCGGCGGCUGUCAGAAGACCUGCGCGGAUCCGGCGCCGGCCUGCGCCGCGGUCUGCCGGACCGGCUGUUACUGCGAGGAUGACCACGUCCGGAACAGUACCGGACACUGUGUGAGACUGUCCGAGUGCCCGGGAGCAUCUGCAGCCCUAAAGCAAGACACAACCGAACCUCGUCAAGACUGUCCCCCCAACGAAGAGUACCGGUUCUGCGAGACUUGCAUGAAGACGUGUGACAACCCUAACCCGAUAUGUCCGGCCCAAUGUGCUAGAGGAUGCUUCUGUAAGGGGCAUCUAGUGAGGGACCGGGAUGGAAGCUGUGUGGCGUAUGAGGAAUGUUCCAAAUUCAAAAAUGAGACCUCAAACCACAAGCCGUACAAGCUAACCUGCGCCCCUGGGCAGGUCUACAAGGACUGCGAGCCCUGUGAGAAGACCUGCUCCAACCCCAACCCCGUCUGCCCGGCUCAGUGUAACCGGGGUUGCUUCUGUGAGGACGGGCUAGUAAAGAGCCCUAACGGGCAGUGUGUGAGGAGGGAGGACUGCCCUAAAGCCGAGGUGACGUUCGGAAACGACCCCUCCAUCGAGGACUGCGCCCCUGAUGAAGAAUUCCUUUCCUGCGGCUGGUGCGAGCCGAGUUGCUGGGCACCCUCCCCCAUAUGCCCCGGAGUCUGCACCCGUGGAUGCCUCUGCAGGCCUCCGCUAGUGCGGCAUUACAGCGGACACUGCGUGCAACAGAAGGACUGCGAACCACAAACAUGCACCAAUCCCAACGAAGAAUACGUGUGCCGCUACGGCUGCGAGAUCCUCUGCGGAGGCCCAAACACCUGCCCGGACCGCCCGCGGCGUUGCCAGCUCGGCUGCCACUGCAAGAUUGGGUUCCUGAGGGACACCACUUCUGGCCUCUGCCUCACUCCUGAAGAAUGCAAGAAUUUAACACUGAGCACCGUCCCAGGUUCGAAGUCUGACCUGCCACCGAUAUUCAGAAUGCGGGUCGCACCCAACCCGAACCUGCUCGACGACGUCAAAUCUGCCGCUCCUGAAAAUUGAAGACCUAAGAGAUAGACGCAGUUGGCGUAACAGUCCUCAUAAAAGUUGCUGAUAGG